CAAAAACAUGGAAAUAAAAAGCUUCUUGAAUGUGUUCUUAACACAGCGUGCCUGGUAUAACAAGUGUUUGUUUGAAAAAACACCAAAAAUACGUUUGGACAGAAGACAGCUGCACUGAAGCCCGAUGCCUCUGGUAGCCAGUGGUGGAGCAGUGAGAAGCUGGUAUUGCUGCUGUGCUUUUACAGGAGAGGCUUGGCUGCAUUAACUCCUAGGAAAACAAGAGCCCAGGCAGCUGGAGCAGAGCCUGGCAAUGGAGGUUGGCCCCACAGCAGCCAGCAGCAGCUCCCCGGCUGGCACCGGCUGGCUGGAUGUCACUUUUGUCACCUGCACUGACACCGUGACUUUCACCGAAGUGCUGGAGGAAGAGGAGUGGAAAUCCUUUUACUACUCCUUUAAGACAGAGCAGCUGGUGACUCUUUGGAUCCUCUUUAUUGUUACUAUUGCUGGAAAUGCCAUCGUGCUCUUCUCUACAUGGAGAAGGAAGCGGAAAUCUCGAAUGACCUUCUUUGUUACACAGCUGGCAAUCACAGAUUCAUUCACAGGACUCAUAAACAUAAUGACUGAUAUCAUCUGGCGCUACACAGGAGAUUUCAUGGCCCCUGACAUCGUCUGCAGAGUCGUCCGCUACUUACAGGUGGUCCUCCUCUAUGCUUCAACCUAUGUCCUCGUGUCACUGAGCAUAGACCGGUAUCAUGCCAUAGUUUACCCCAUGAAGUUCAUGCAAGGAGAAAGACAGGCGAAAGUUCUUAUUGGAGUGGCCUGGAGCCUCUCUUUCCUGUUUUCAAUACCAACUCUGAUAAUUUUUGGGAAACGACAGCUCUCCAAUGGGGAAGUGCAGUGCUGGGCUCUGUGGCCAGAUGAUUCCUACUGGGUCCCCUACAUGACGGUGGUUGCUUUCCUUGUGUACUUCAUUCCUCUGAUCAUUAUCAGUGUCAUAUACUCAAUCGUGAUUCGAACCAUCUGGAUGAAGAGCAAAGCUCAGGCUGUCAUUAUAUCCAGCUGCACUGAUGGCAGAACCUCUGCUGGCUACAGCAGUCGUGGGUUCAUAUCCAGAGCAAAAGUGAAAGCCAUCAAGUACAGCAUUGUAAUUGUUCUUGCAUUCGCUCUCUGUUGGAGCCCCUACUUUCUGUUUGAUAUCCUGGACAACUUCAACAUCCUCCCCGAGACCAAAGAGCGCUUCUACGCAUCCGUGAUAAUUCAAAACCUGCCGGCCCUGAACAGUGCCAUCAAUCCCCUCAUCUACUGCCUCUUCAGCAACCACCUCUGCACCCCCUUUGAGGAGAGAAGAACACGAAGGUUGGAGGGGACUUUCCGGGACCGGAGUGAUGGAGGGCAGGAGAUGCAGGUCCUGUCCAAACCAGAAUACAUCUAGCACAGGUAAUGCCCUCAGAACCACAGCAGGACCCAUGCUGAGGAGAGCAGAGGUUUCCCCGAAGAACAGACAGACACCAAGCAUGAACUGACUGGACUGAACCUGUGCCUUGCUGCUGUUGAACAGCACGAGCACUUGGGACCAGCACUGCACCUUCAGCUAUCACACUCUGCCAGGACCAAGCCAGCCACAAGGGCUUUGCAUGCUACUUUUGUGAUGGCUCAUUUUAGCCAUCUGUUUUCAAGCAAGAUGUAACAUAUCCAUACUCCAAAUGGCAAAAAGCAAUGUAAACAGUGUCUAAUCAAAGCCUUCUCUCUGUUCUUCAAGAAUCUCUUGCAGCCAUCCAGUACCAUGCAGCUCAUAGAAUUGGUGAAGUGUUUACAAGUAGUUACAGGAGGGUACCCUGCUUAAAAUGAACCCAGGAACUUUUCAAAUGAGAAUACACCCCUGUCACUCUAAGUUUAUGUCUUGGCUUCACGUGCAACCACUGACAAUGCCCUACCAGAAAAGAGGGGACUGUAGGGAUGGAUGGUUGCCUCCCUCCCACCAUGCCAUCCUCCCAUACACACCAUCUCUGUAGCUCAUCCUCCCAUCCCCUUGCAGAACUUCCCUGCUAUUUUAUCUUGGCUCCCCUACCUUUACUUGCCAUGACAAAUAUGGGUGAUAAGUUUCUUCUGGGCUACUGUAUAAUAAGAUGUGAGCCCAAAUCCUAUUGUGCCUCAGCUGCUCUGCUGCUCACAUCCCUGUGACAAAAGCCCAAGCAGCCUUUGGGGGAUUCUAUGCUUAUGCCACAUAGGUACACUUGCCAUACCGGACACUCCAGCAGAGCAGAUCAAUCUUGCCACAACAUAAAGGUGUUUCUCCCUGUCUAUAUAAGAGAUGAUAUAUAGCUCUAGAUUCUCUACAUAAGAGAUAUAUCUACAGGUAUUUCCCUCCCUACAAAAUUCUUUAAUGUCCCUUAAAUCAUAGAGGGAACUGUAUACAUCUUCAGAGAAGCUCAAAGCUGGAGAAAAGCAUGGGUUAAAUUGUAAAACUCAAAUUAUAUUUUUAAAAAUUACUGGCUGAUGUUCCAGUCUUAUAAAUUCAUUGUGGGGUUCACAGAGCACCAGGCAGCGCUCGGUGGCACAGUAUCCUGAGCUGCUGGACAUCCCCUCCCUCAAACCCUUGGGUUUGAAUACAAAUGUUCUCAAUGUUUUAGCAACUGGGUGAAGGAUAUGAACGUCAAUGCUUAUUUUACUGUCGGUCAGCUUAAAUUGUUUGCAUGAUGAUGUGCUCUAACCAGCUGCACAGCAUAGUUUUGCUUUUCCCUGUGCAAAAUUUGCAUCCUUACAUGAGUCUGUUUAAACAGGUUUGUUUUGUUAUUUUAUGAUGCUGCUGCUUCACGCUGAGUUUAUUCCCUGCAAAACAAGAACUGAAUAAAAUUUACUUCAUUACCUAUGUUACGAAAAUGUUUUUUCCUAAGCAGAGGAUAUAUAAAAUCAUGUGGCUUUAUGUUCUUAGGAAAAUGA